UUAAGCAUGAAUCACUUUUAUGGAAACAUUCCAGAAGAAGCUUUAAAGGGUGAUGUUCUGCAAAUUCUCAUCUUGCAUUAUAAUGAAUUUGAAGGACCAUUACCUCGUACUCUGCUCAACUGUACAGCUCUCCAAGUUCUUGAUGUUGGAAACAAUGGGUUAAAUGACUCAUUCCCAGACUGGUUAGAUGCUCUUCCACAAUUGGCAGUGCUCAUCUUAAGUUCUAAUCAUUUUCAUGGGGUGAUAGGCAAUCCUACCGCCAAGAUUCCAUUCCCUAUGCUGCGAGUUCUUGAUCUUUCCAACAAUCACUUCACUGGACAUUUGCCUGAAAAUUAUUUGCUGCAUUUUACUGGGAUUAUAAAUGAUAUUACUCCUGAUUUAGAUGUAACAUACUCUAGUGACCAUUUUGUUUACGUUCAUGGAAGCUCUGUAAUGCUAGUGGUGAAAGGGUCUGUGUAUACCGUGGAAGAAAUUCUAAACCUGUACACACUCAUAGACUUAUCAAGUAACAUGUUUGAUGGAGAUAUUCCUAUUUCCAUUGGAAUCCUUGGUGUUCUUCGGCAUCUCAAUCUGUCUCAUAAUAGGCUAACUGGCCAUAUACCAUCAUCAUUGGGAAAUCUAACAUUGCUUGAAGCGCUAGACAUGUCUUGCAACCAGCUCACAGGGGAGAUUCCAUGGCAACUGUCAAAGCUUGGAUUUCUGGAAGUACUGAACGUCUCCUAUAAUCAUUUAUUGGGAGCAAUACCCCGCAGCAGGCAACUUGAUACAAUUGCCAAUGACUCCUACCUGGGAAACACAGCACUGUGUGGCUUUCCAUUGACUCUGGAAUGUGAAGCCAGCAGAAAACCACAUGUACCGUCACAAGAAGAAGAAGAAGAAGAGGAUUCAGGUUUUUUUAAUGGAUUUUCUUGGCAAAGCGUGACGAUAGGAUACUGCUGUUCAUUUCCAUUUGGAGUUUGUGUGGGAUAUUUUGGUCUGCGAUAUGGAAAACUCAACUGGUUGCUAAGGAAACUCACAUGGAAGAGAGGAAAGGGUUCCAAAAAUACUGUUCCAAGAAGAGAUGCCAGAAGAAGAACACAUUAAAUUUGCAAAGAUUAAAGCAGCAGCGUGCGCACAAGUAGUAUACCUACACUUCUCAAUUGCUUCUACUUAUAUGAAGUACUACUUCUGUACUAUAUGGCUUUUCCCUC